AUGGCGCAGCUCUACGCGGCCAUGGAGGCGGCGCAGCUGGCGGAGCUGGUGCCGCUGGCGGAGGAGUGGUGCCAGGAACAGGGCGCCGAGCUGCUGGAGGAGGUCCUGGAAUUCAUGGAGGACUUCGCUUCGUCCCUAGGCCUCACUGUGUCGCAGCGGGAGCGUUUGCUACAGCAGCUGGGCGUCGAGGACCAAGAACUGCUGGACGCCAAGCAGCUGGUGCAACAGCAGGAGGAAGAGAUCGCGAAGUUGACGGCCGAGUCCAAGAAGACCUCGAAAAAGCAGAAGGGGCCACUGUUGGCUCGCAUCAAGGACUUGGAGCAGGCGCCCGAGUACCUCAGCGCCAAGCGCUUCGUGCAGGAUCCCGCGGCGGAACGGGAGAGGCAGCGUGCGGAGCUGCUGGAGAAGCUGGAAACCAAGGUCCGCAUGUGCAUCAGCGACCGAGACCUGCCUGCCGCCACCUCGGCGCUGGCGGAGUUCCGGGCCGCGGGAGGCGUCAGCGGCAACGAGUCCGGCAGCCUGGCGAACGACCUGGCGCAGCUGCGGGCGGAGCUCAGCACGAAGGACCCGGAGGAACAGAAGCGGCGCAUGGAGCAGCGCAAGGCGAUGAAGAAACGCGGUUUCCAAUUCGAUCCCCCCAGCGGGGCAGAAGCAGAGACAGAACCCCGGAAGAUGAAACUCAAGGUGGACGUGGAGCUGGGUGCCGGCUUGCAGCUGGAGCCCUCGUGGUAUGGCAUGGUCAUCGAGGAGAUCGACGACGAGCCCGGACAGGAUGAACGUCUGGGGCCAGGUGACUGCAUUUGCAAGAUCAAUGGCCAAUCUUUGCAAGAGAUGGAGGAUUGUGAGUCAGUCUUUAUCGACUUCUUGAAGGUUGCUUGGGCAGCAAAUCGUCGGGAAUAUGCCAGUAUCCAAGCCAUGAAGCCAUGUCAUGCCAGUGGUGCGGUGCCCCAAUCGGGCGCCGUGGAUUGGAACGCCUUGGAGGCGGAUUUGAAGAGCUUUGGCGGGGACUAUCAGGUGGACUUCAAGGUGCAGACGACGCGAUUCGGAUGGGGAUGGGUCGGAUGGAUUCGGAUGGGGGAUGUGAAAAAUGCCAUGAGUUAG